AUGGACAGGUACGCUCGUCAGGCUGGGGACAAUACCUACGACAGUGAUGGGGAGGCAGACGAUGAGUUUGAGCGAUCGGUGUUUAGCUCUCCCAUUAUUGCAAGCCACUUCCACGACGACCAUUCCUCAGAUCACCCGUCGGAUUCUGAGGAUGCACGAUCGCUGGUAGACGGAGAGGAUACGCCUACAACACAAGCUUGGACAGAUAGGGAAGGCAGGAGCCCGACGGGAAAUAUUAUUCAAUGGACGGAGGAGGAGGCAGCCGACUUUGUCGUGUCACUUUCUCCCGCAUUCAAGCAGUAUGGGCAGACCUUCGUGGAUGAGGGUGUCAAUGGCGAGGCCCUGACUGCACUGCAUCAUGACGAGCUACGAGAACUGGGCGUCGCGAGCGUGGGACACAGACUCACGAUCCUGAAAGCCGUCUACGAACAGAAGAUGCGAGCAGGCGUCAAGAUCGAGGAAGAAGACUACGUGCCUCUGUCAGCAGAUGGAGAGAAGGGAGAUGUGAAUGCUACACAGGACGACAUUGCACGGAUCAUUGAGUCGAUACGAUUACGAGAUGCACGGAUCAUAGCUACGGAAUCAGAGCUGCGAGUGAUGAAGCGGGACCUGGACCGGAUCGUAGAGGAGAACAAGAAGCUUCGGGAAGAGACGCUGCCGAUUAUGAGAUUAGUGAAAGACCAGCGGACACCUUUACCAGACCCAGCAGGUGGGACAAUACCUUCCCCGCGUGAAUUGGAUCAGAACAGACAGGCACAGGACUUGGCCAACCAGAACAAGGGCAGCUCGCUGAGCAGGAAGUUCUCUACCAAGAAGCUGUUCUUGAAAUCAGCGGACAACGCGAAGCAGCCAUCUCCUACACAUCCUCCACCACAGACGAGGGAAGUACGGGAUGAUGGAGGUACACAUCUGGAAGCAUCCGCGGCUGCAAUGGCCGCCAGCAGUCAUCUGACCGCAAGCAUGACGAGCCAAACCAGUCCAAACAGCGUACAUGGCCAGCAGUUGAGUCCCACCAGUCCUGCGUACGCCCAGCCACCGGGAUCAGGAGGAUCAUACCACCAGCCAGGUGCAGCACCGAAUCGCUCAUUCCCGCGUGAUGGGAAUGUAUCACGGCAUGAUCAACGAAGUUACGGCCACGGAGAUGAAACGGGAGGAUACUCUACAGGACUUACGGACCAGUCGACCGCACGGCUACAGCAAGACAAAGCACGACGGCAGGCCCCAACACCCAGUCCUCGAGAAGACGAGACACCCCACAGUGGUCGAGACAAAGACAAUCCCCAAGUGGAAAUUUUCAAAUCCUUCCGCGUCAGUAUUGACGAUCCUUGUCGGGUCGUUCUGCCAGUGGCACUCAAACGCUACAACAUCACAGACGACUGGCGCCAGUAUGCGCUGUACAUUGUGCAUGGCGAUCAGGAGCGGUGUCUGGGAUUGGAGGAGAAGCCUCUGCUGCUUUUCAAGCAGUUGGAUAAGGAGGGCCGGAAACCUAUGUUUAUGUUGAGACGGCAUGCGUCGCCGCAGGAGGGGUGGAGUGGGAGUGUUGGGGGUGAGCCGAAGGUGAGUCGUUAA